AUGGAUUAAUAAUAACCAAAUGAAGUGCAGUAAAUAAGCAUCAAGCAAAGAAUCAUAAAUAUUCAUGAAAAUUUUGAAAACAUUAGAGGAUCAAUAUUUGAUGAGUUUUCUUAAAUUCCGCCAAAGAGCUCAGUACUUUUGUUUUUAGGGAAAUUUUAAAACAAAUUUCAUAGUUUCUAUAAAGAUUUUGAAAAUAAAUAAUUCAUUUUAGAUAGAAACUACUUUAAGCUAAUCAAAAUAGAAAAUAAAGGAAAAACUAGUUAUUUAUUAUAUUUGCCUUAGAUCUUAUUAUAUGAUGAUCAAAAUAAUGAAAUAGCAUAAAAUUUAUGCAUUUCCAAAAUUUAUGCUGAAAUGGCAUUAAAAAAAAUGGAAACCUGUCAAUUCUAUUUAAUAUUAGAUAUCCAACAAUUAAGAGGAGAUGAUGUUAGAGGAUGGUUAGAUAAUGUUUGUAUUGAUUCAAUUUUUUUCUUUGGAACUUAUUUUUUCAAUGAAAAUAACUUUUUCUUGUUAAGAUAUUUAUAAGAAGAUAAGUGGGAUUAAUACUAAUUCUCAAAAUCAAGUGGAAUUUUUUCUUAUUUUUCCUAGAAUUAAUAAUUGAAAAAUUAAAUUUAUAGUAAAAAUGAAGUCCUUGAGGCAAUAUUUAAAUCUGAUAAUUAUACAUAUGUAAAGACAGUGUAAUCAGAAGAUGCCAUUAAUUAUGGAAAAAUGAUGUCAUAUUUAUCAAAAGAAUUAAACCCUUUAAAGGAAUAGAUAAAUGAAGAUCUUAAACAAUUUUAAAUGGUUCUCCUUCGCUUAUAAUAAAUGCCAAUCAUCAAAAAUAAUUUCGAAGUUGUCUAGGAAAUUGGAAAAUAUUUAAAUGAUUUACAAAAAGGUUUCAUGAAUGAAAAGAAUCUUCUAACUGAUAAUGCUUCACAAAUUUUUGAGGUUUAUGAAUUUAUUAAUAAAGUGAAUUAAGAGCAAAAUGCUUAGAAUAUAAAUAACAGAUAAAAAAUCAGAUAAAAAAAUUCAUAAAGUCAUUAAAUGAAAAAUUUUAAGGAGGAAGUUAAAAUUUAAGAAUUAAUAGUUUAACCAUUAUUAUGUGAUGAAGCAAUUAAUAAACUUAAGGGCAUAAUUUAAUUUUUCUAAAAAUAUCAUAAUAACAUAUUCAAAAAUGAGAAAAUAUGUGAAGUGUAGAAAUUAAUAUUAAAUCUCAAAUAAUGGUGUGCGAAUUGUAAUGAUACCUUAGAAAAUACGUUAUACAAUAUUACUUCAAGAAUUUAAGAUGGACCAAAAAAUGAAAUUGAAAAUGGAAUCUAUUUUAUCGGUAUAACAAAAGUAGGAAAGUCGACCAUUAUUAAUUCACUUCUUAAUCCAGAUAACAUUAUUUAAGAUCAUUUUGUAUCAUAAAAAUGCUAUGGAAUUAAUACGGAGACAAAAUUUGCGAUUGGUAAAGGUGGAGUUAGUGAAACAUAACAUAUCAAUGGAGUAUACAUUGGCAAAAGGGAAGAACUUAAUUAAAUCUUUGAUUAAAAUGAAAAAAAUGUUUUUAGUAUUGAAGAAAUAUUAGACUAAGAAUAAAUUCAAAAAUGUAAAAUACCUAAAAAAUAUUUCGUUUUCGAUUGCCCAGGGUUUGAUGAUAAUAUUAAUGAAUUAAUGAGAAUAGCUCACAGAAUUAGCUUAUAUAAUUAUUUCAAAAAUACAAAAAAUAUAAUUGUAUUUUUUGUCAUUGAUAUUUCUCAAUAAUCAAUUGAACAAGUUAAGAAUACUUUUGAUCCAAUAACUUAAAUUUUAAGAGAAAAAAAUGACCUAGUAACUCAUUUUGACAAAUGGACAAAUAUAAUUCUAACAAAAGCAAAGAAAGGAUAAAGAUAAUACUAUCUUGACAAUUGGUAGUAAGUGUAUAAAGGGUAUUUGGAUGAAAAUUAUAGUUUUUAUAAAAAAUUAUUUGAAAACAGAUGUGUAGAAUUUGAAAAACCAAAGACACAAGAUAUUGAACAAAUUAUUCAAAGUUUAACAAAUUAAAUUAUCAAAAUGUCAUCUUCGUAACUUCAAUCAAAUCAAGCCUUUACACCAAAAUUUCAGGGUGUCCUUGAUCCUAAAGUAUAGUCGCUUUAUGAACAUUGCAUACCUAAGGUUAAAUAAAAGUUAGAGAGUAUUCUAAAUUUCUUUCUAGAGGAUUUAGAUGAGUAUAUAUUGGAAAGUAGUGAUAAUUUAGAAAUAAAGAAAGAAAAAUUCGAAAAAAUAUAAAGCAUUUUGUUAGAUUAAAAUACAAAGCAAAUGAUUAACUUAAUAACGUAUAAUAACUGUGAAAUCAUUCUUAAGGAGCUAUCAAACUGGGUUAAUGGUAAUCCUUACUUACAAAAGAAUGACAUUUUCAUACAAUAAUACAUAGAAGAUAUGAAAUCUAUUUUAAAAAUAUCAAAAUAUUGCUAAAAAAUUAAGAAAAUAGCACCGUUUGAGAUUAAAAUUGAUAAUCUUGUUAAAAAGAUUAAAAUAGUUAUUACAAAAAUAGAUGAAGUCAGAUCAUGGUACUUACUCAAUGACUAACGCAAAAAUCUUCAUUUAAGGAAGAAUUAUUUAGCUGAAUUGCAUAAACAGAAAUAAUAACUAGAAUAAAUUAAUUAAUUCCAAUUUAAUUUAUUAUAAUCCUAAUAUUAAGCAUAAGGAUGA